CUGUUCAUUUUGAAGAUGCAUCUGUAUAAAUCUAAUUGAGAUUUUGAUUUCUUUUUUCAAUUUUGAAGAUACAUCUGAAAGAAGACCCAGUUCUUUUUUUUCAGAGUAGAUCUGUAUAAAUCUAUCCUUUUAUUGAUUUCCAGUAACUCGGAUGGAUUCUUAAACUGAUCUCAGUUGGAUUCUUUUCAAAUGAAAGCAUGUGCUGUGAAUGGGAGCGGUUAAACCCGAAGGCGAAUCUGAUAACAUCGAAUACUUCUUUUGAAAAUAGCAGACACUCUAGUGUAGACAUGAAUCACCCAACUGUAGUGACUGAAGAUACUUUUGCAAGUUUGCUUGAGCUUGCUGCUAAUAAUGAUGUCGAGGGCUUUAAACAAUUGAUACGGCUUGAUCCUACCGGUGUUGAUGAAGUUGGGUUGUGGUAUGGUCGCCAGAAAGGCUCGAAACAGAUGGUUAAUGAGGAGAGAACUCCGUUGAUGGUUGCUUCUAUGUACGGUAGCAUCGAUGUUAUUAAGCAGAUCCUUUUAUCUUCGGACGCUGAUGUUAACCGUGUGUGUGGAAGUGACAAAAGCACUGCCCUUCAUUGUGCUGCAUCCGGUGGGGCUGUCAAUGUUGUUGGAGUUGUGAAGCUGCUUUUAGCGGCUGGUGCCGAUGUGAAUAUGGUUGAUGCAAAUGGCCAUUUUCCUGUUGAUGUUAUCUUCGUUCCUCCGAAGCUUCCGGAUGUGAAAAUAACUCUUGAAGAACUCCUUGCAACCGAGAGUUCCAGGUUUGAUCUGAAUUCAAGGGCAUCAACCGUUGCAAAUUCCGACUCUCCUCUAUUGCCUUUGCAGGAAAAUGGGUCUUUUCCAUCUGGUUCGGAUUCCCCGAAAAAGUUGAGGCCAGGUGAUGCUACUUUUUCUUCUGCCUCGGAGAAAAAAGAAUACCCCAUUGAUCCAUCUCUUCCAGACAUCAAGAAUAGCAUCUAUUCAACUGAUGAGUUUCGGAUGUAUUCAUUCAAGGUGCGACUUUGUUCACGUGCCUACUCCCAUGAUUGGACUGAGUGCCCAUUUGUUCAUCCCGGGGAGAAUGCUCGAAGAAGGGAUCCUAGGAAGUUCCAUUACAGUUGCGUUCCUUGCCCCGAUUUUCGCAGGGGGGCAUGCAGGCGCGGAGAUAUGUGUGAAUAUGCUCAUGGUGUUUUUGAGUGCUGGCUACACCCUGCUCAGUAUCGGACCCGGUUGUGCAAGGAUGGUACUGAUUGUGAUAGGAGAGUCUGCUUCUUUGCUCACAGGCCCGAGGAACUUCGACCUCUGUAUGUCUCCACUGGUUCUGCUGUUCCAUCUCCUCGAUCAAGUACUCCCGGUGCUUCAACUAUGGAUUUUUCUGCUGCCAUGAGUCUCUUGCCCGGAUCACCUUCAUCCGUAUCAGUUAUGUCUCCGUCAUCGUUUACUCCACCCAUUUCGCCCUCCAUGAAUGGCAUGUCUCAUUCUAAUGUUGGCUGGCCACAACCUAAUGUUCCAGCGCUGCAUCUUCCAGGAAGCAACCUUCAAUCUAGUCGGCUGCGAUCUUCUCUUAAUGCGAGAGACAUUCAAGCUGAAGACUUCAACUUGCUGUCUGAUCUUGAUCUGCAGCAACAUCAAUUGAUGAAUGAGUUAUCCGGCUUUACUCAGACAUCAACGAGUUCAAGUUCUUUUAACCGAUCUGGUCGAAUGAAGCCCUUGACCCCAUCAAACCUUGAUGAUCUCUUUUCUGCUGAGAGCUCCUCUCCAAGGUACUCUGAUCAAGAGUUGGCUGCUGCUGUUUUCUCCCCAACGCGUAAGUCGGCUGUUAUCAACCAAUUUCAGCAACAGCAAAACAUUCUAUUACCUAUUAAUACAAUUUUUUCUCCUAAAAAUAUCGAGCAUCCUCUCUUGCACGCUUCUCUAUCCGGUCGAAUGUCUCCUCGAAAAGUCGAACCUAUCUCACCAAUGAGCUCUCGGGUUUCAAUGUUAGCUCAACGGGAGAAGCUGCAAGAAUUUCGCAGCCUAAGCUCUAGGGAGCUCGGGUCAGCCUCGGCUGCCAUUGUUGGUUGGCCAGUUGAUUCACAUUCAAAAUGGGGAUUCUCCAAUGGGAAGCCGGGCUGGGCUGUCAAUACCGAUGGGUUAGGCAAGCAUCGUAGGUCCUCGUCAUUUGAGCUAUGUAAUGGAGACGAGCCUGAUUUAUCAUGGGUUCAAUCUCUCGUAAAAGAAUCGCCCACCGAGAUCAAAGAGAAAAUUGCAGUACCGGUCUCGGGUGAGGGUUCUAGCAUGAACUCCGAUCCAGUCGAUAAUGCUGCAUUAGGUGCUUGGCUCGAACAAAUGCAGCUCGAUCAACUUGUGGCUCAGCAAAACUGAAACCGGUUUCGUUGAGCCCUCCUGAGGUAGAGACAACAA